AUGGAAGGAACAGAUAGCCAUAACGAACAAUCAGACCAGCACAUGGUGGAUAACUCAGACAGCGAAGGCAGCCUUGUCGGGGAGCUUCUUGCCAGGUUUGCGAGCGGUCCCGCUGCUCGGUCUCCCGAACCAGACCAGGAUGCGCCAGGCGAACCCGAUUUACCGGAGGAUAAUAGAUUUGAUGAUUUGCCACUUCUACCAGAACUUGCCGUGGAGGUCCCAAUUGCGCCCAGUAGCGUUGUCGAGGGCUGUGAAUAUUUACCUGGGCACUUUGAGGCUCGCUACAUCAUCAGUGAGGAAGCGCUUGAGACGGAGGGUGGGCUUCUAUAUCGUGUCAAACUAAAGAGUGGCGAGGUCCAAAAGACCUCAUCCGAGCAACUUCAGACCCUCAAAAACGGCUCACAAGCUUUAUCCAACUUUCUCAACUACGGUCCUAAUGAGUCAGCCUCAUCUCGAUCCGACGUCACAUCAGAAGAAGACUCGGCUUUGUCCGAAUCAAGAAGUCGUACUAGGAAACGCACACAACGAACAUUCUUCGGCAAUUUGAGCAGUGACGAUGGCAUAGCUCACUCACGAGGUGAUUCCUCAGAUGACGAUUUGGCAUUAUUGAGCGCUACACAUAGAAGACGUCGCAUGCUACGAGCUCGAAAGAGCAAGUCGCGCUCGGCAAUCUUGUUUCCGGACGAAGAAAGCGAUCGCGCUACCCCAGUAGGCACGCGACAUUCGACAAGGGCUCGGAAGGUUUUGCGAAGGAAUCUGCGUGAACGCAAUGAAGACGAAAUCUCUGAGAAUGAAGGCACACCCAAGCAUCAUGAGAAGUUCUUUGGCGCCAAAGAAAAAUUCCACAAGAUACCGGAAAAUGACCCUUUUCGAGAAAGACAUCGAGGCGCUUGCAAGAGCUGUCACGUUAUCGGAGACGAUUAUGCGAAAGGGCCCCUCGUUUUCUGUCAGGGAUGUACCAGCAGCUUCCAUCAUCAGUGUCUAGGGCCUCGGGCUUCGCGAGACCAUCUGGUCACUAAGGUCACGGAUGAACUGUUUGUUCUUCAAUGUCGCAAUUGCCUGGGAGUCGCCACCGCGAAAGAUCCGGCUGUUCCACACCAGGGCUACUGCGCUAUCUGCGAUCGCGAAGGGAAAAUGUCAAGGCCACUACGGGAUCGCUUAACGCCGAAGCAGGAGCAGCAGUCUCGGCAACAGAAUGGCGGCAAGGACCCUAUCACAUUCAUCGAUAUGACACGGGUCAACAAUGUGGACAACUUACUAUUCCGCUGCACUACCUGUCAUCGAGCUUUCCAUUUCGAGCAUCUCUCGGACGUUGCCCAUCUCACGUGGCAUUGUCAGGAAUGUGCUUCAGUUCCGGGAGAGGUCGGAGCUAUGGUUGCAUGGCGGCCGGUCGAUCCAAGAGCGAAAAACGCGAGUGAAGCGCAGCGGGAAUACCUCAUCAAAUGGAAGAACAAGUCCUACAGCCACGCGAGCUGGAUGCCCGGCAGCUGGGUCUGGGGCUUCGUCAACCAUCACAUGCGUCGAGCCUUUUUCAAGAAAAAUCUCGAACCACAGAGGACUAUCGAAGAGGCUAUUCCGGAGGACUAUUUAAGGAUGGAUAUCAUUUUUGACGUCCGCUUUUCCGACACAUCGCCACCUGGAGAUACCAAGCGGUCUUAUGAAGCAGACCUGGAGCGGAUUGACGACGUGUCCCAAGUAUAUGUCAAGUUCAAAGGUCUGCCAUACGAGGAAGUAGUCUGGGAUACACCUCCCGAUCGCAGUGAUGUGGAGAGAUGGGAGGAUUUCAGGGCUGCUUUUGCAGACUGGGUCAAGCGGGAAUAUGUCCGUCAGCCGAAUCAAGAGACCCUAAGGAGACAUCUCGCGAAGAAAAGAAAGAAGGAUUUCAAGACCGAGUUGGUCAAAGACCAUCAACCUAGCAUAAUGACGGGCGGGGAGGCCAUGGACUAUCAGGUUGAUGGUAUUAAUUGGCUCUACUACAUGUGGUUCAAACAGCAAAAUGCCAUUCUUGCCGACGAGAUGGGUCUCGGAAAGACGAUUCAAGUCAUUGGCUUCAUGGCUACUUUGAUCCAAUACCACAGAUGCUGGCCUUUCCUGGUGGUAGUGCCCAACUCCACCUGUCCCAACUGGCGCAAGGAAAUCAAAUCAUGGGUUCCUUCAAUGCGGGUGGUGACCUACUACGGGUCUGCAGUCUCUCGCAAUCUUGCUAAAGAGUACGAAAUGUAUGCCGACGAUGAUCCGACUUUACGAUGCCACGUCGUCGUGACUUCGUAUGAGACGAUGGUGGACGAUGCAUCCCGCAAAGUUCUGGCGAAGAUCCCAUGGGCCGGUCUGGUUGUUGACGAAGGCCAACGGCUCAAGAAUGAUAAAAGCCAGCUCUAUGAUGCACUAUCGCGAAUCAGAUUUCCAUUUAAACUGCUUUUGACCGGCACUCCGCUUCAGAAUAAUAUUAGAGAACUGUUCAACCUACUGCAGUUUUGCGACCCAUCAAAGAAGGCCAUUGAUCUUGAAGAGGAAUACGGCACGCUCUCCAAGGAAAACAUUCCAAAAUUGCACGAUAUGCUACGGCCUUUCUUCUUGAGACGGACAAAGGCGCAGGUUCUCACCUUUCUUCCCCCGGUUGCUCAAAUCAUCGUCCCGGUCUCGAUGUCUGUUGUGCAGAAGAAACUGUACAAAUCUAUCCUUGCCAAAAAUCCUCAGCUGAUCAAGGCGAUCUUUCAACGCAAUGGGGUCAAGGCGUUGAAACAAACAGAGCGACAUAACCUGAACAAUAUUCUUAUGCAAUUGCGCAAAUGCUUGUGCCAUCCUUUCGUUUACAGCAGAGCCAUCGAGGAGAGAACUGCCGAUAGGAUGAAGUCCCACCGCCACCUGGUGGAUGCGGCUGGUAAACUUCAGUUGUUGGAGCUUAUGCUUCCGAAGCUCAGGGACCGUGGCCACAGAGUCCUCAUCUUCAGCCAGUUCCUCGAAAACCUUGACAUAAUUGAGGACUUUCUCGAUGGUGUAGGCUUAGCACAUCUCCGUCUUGAUGGUAGAAUGACCUCACUCGAGAAGCAAAAGACCAUCGACGAUUACAAUGCGGAAAACUCGCCUUACUUCGCUUUUCUUCUUUCGACCCGGUCUGGGGGAGUUGGGAUUAACCUUGCUACUGCAGAUACGGUUAUUAUCAUGGACCCGGAUUUCAAUCCCCAUCAGGACAUGCAGGCGUUGUCGCGUGCUCAUCGUAUUGGCCAGAAGAACAAGGUCCUGGUCUUCCAGCUUAUGACCCGCAGCAGUGCGGAAGAGAAAAUUAUGCAAAUUGGGAAGAAAAAGAUGGUCCUAGAUCACGUUCUCAUCGACCGCCUGGUGGCGGAGGAAGAUGACGGGCAAGAUCUUGAGUCGGUCCUUCGGCAUGGAGCUCAGACUUUAUUUGAUGAUGAUGACUCUGGCGAUGUACGAUAUGACUCUGAGUCUGUCGAUAAACUCCUUGAUCGCAGUCAAGCUGAACAAGCCAAGUCGCCUAUCGAGGGUGACCCGGAGUCUCAAUUCAGUUUUGCUCGGGUAUGGGCAAAUGAUAAUCAGAACCUUGAAGAUCGGCUUCAGGAGAUGACUGAGCAGACUGAAGAGGCUGCACCCAAUGCCGACAUCUGGGAGAAGAUUCUGCGCGAGCGUGAACAAGCUGCAGCCGAGGAGGCAAGAAGAAAAGCGGAAACGUUGGGCCGUGGAAAGCGGAAGCGUACUAAUAUUGACUAUGGCAAUGAUGCCACGGAACCGUCACCUGUCAAAGAUCGUAUGGAGCGUCUAGCAGAAAGCGACGGGGAAUACCGGGCAGACGAUGGGUUUGACUCCGAGUCUGACUCGGCCCCUGACUUAGACGCCGAGAAACUCGCAAGUAUCCCCAAGAGGACUAAAAUCCAUGGAUUCCAACGGAUUGGUCCCAUCAACUUGCCACUAGCCAUGGAUGGUAGCGCGGAGCCUGGCCAAACUCAGCAACCAGCGUGUAUUGCAUGCAAGCAGGUUCACCCGGUGGGUUCUUGUCGCUUGAAGUUAGCUGGUGUCGAGCACUGUCCUCUUUGUGGUCUGGCGCACUAUGGUUAUUCGCGGACAUGCCCGCAUCUGAGGUCCGAUACCCAGGUAGCCAGGAUGUUAGAUGCUAUCAAGCAGAGCACCGAGGACAAAGAGCUUGUUGCUUUAGCGAAGAAGUAUUUGACAGGUAUUCGUGGUAGCCUUGCACAACAGAAGAGGAAGCUGGCUAGUAAGGCUGCAGCAGGCAGUGCGACUCUUCCUGCUAGCACCCCUGCCGCAACCAGCUCCCCCAUUGUCGACCUUACGAGUGAAAAUCGCAUGGAGACAGCUGGCCAUCCGCCGACAUAUCCAGCACAGCCUUUUGCUCCAGCUUCUGAUAUGCCUCAACAGCAUCCUAGCCACAGGGUCUAAGAUGGGUGAAGUCCCAAGCCAAGGGUAGGAAGUAGCAGGUGGCGUUGUUAACGGCUUUUCUUCUCUCUUUCUCCGUGUGGAAUGCUUCAGCGUUAUUGCGACAAGGAACUUGGGAGUUUGUGAUUUCAUAGCAUUGAUAGGGGUUGCAUCGCAAAGCCA